AACAACCCAUCAGUUGCACUCAGCAUGACUACCAAGUUCCAUUUGCCAAGAGCUUGCAGAUCCUUGAGUGGCCCCGCAGCACGACAAGAUCGGCCAAGAUCGGCCAGUAGUUUGUCCAGCAUCGCACAAAUCGCAACCGGGCAACAGAUGAUUUCUGGAGCCACUUACAAUGUCACCUUCGGAUACGAUGUCAGCUGUGAAUAUCCGGCUCCCAUCGCGGUGGUGGUCACUUGCAUGCCCGGUACCUGGCCAGCGCCGGUGCCACACUCCAUGCCGAUGCCGGCGCUGCCAUCGCCGAUGCCAUCGAUGCCAUCGAUGCCGAUGGGACCGGUGUGCUUUCAGCCCGCUCCGGUGAACUGGUUCCCACAGUGGGGCGAAACCUGCGGUGCGAAGAGCGGCGGAUUCGACGGCACCCAGCCGAGCGGAUUUGACCUCCAGCCGUGCUGGGUCGAGCCGAAGCCGACAGAAACUUCCGAGCCAGAGCCGGAAGACAGCACAACUCCCUCCGGCAGCGCCUCCUCAGAUGUGUCUGAAAGGCCGGUGGAUCAAGCUGGCGAGAUCAUGAAGAGUCUGGGCAUCUUGAAGGACAGCACCUCAUGCGAUCCGCAAAGAGGCGCUCCUUGCACUUCCGAAGAUGGAGGCAACAAGAAUGCCGGCGCCAAGAUCUGUUCUACGGCCAAGCCGAUUCUUCUGAGCACGUAUCCGAGCACUGCAUGGGGCCGUGCCAAGGGUCAGGAAAUCCUCCAGCUGCUGCACACUGAAACUCCGGACAAGGACAUCAAUCACUGCCAGGACCAGGAUGGAAAGCAUUCCAAGGAGCACUUCGAAGUGCAGAGCUCAAGGACAUGGUCUGAUGGGCAGCGCAAAAGGUCUCGAAGCAAGCGACAUUGCUGCAACAUUGUCCUGUACAUGCCGAGAGAUUAUGUGCCCGCCAUCAUUGGAAAGGGAGGCUGCUACACCAAGGCCAUCUACGAGAGCACUGGCUGCAAGGUCCGCGUCCGCGGCCGCGGCUCCGGGCACCUGGAGCAGUCCACGCAGGCGGAGGCCCCCACCCCGCUGAUGCUGGCCGUGACGGCGGAGCACGACAACAUGGAGGGUUUUGUGGAGGCGGUGCGUCUGAGUUUCAGCCACCUGGCCGCUGUGGAGCAGAGGUUCCUGGCGGACUACCAGUGCGAAGCGGGCUGGGAGAACUCGUGCUUCUCCGCAGUGGUGGAGGAUGAUGAGGACCGAGAGGAGCUAACGCGCCGCCUCAGCCGGACGUUCCUGAAACUCAUCAGCAAACCCUGAUUGGUAUCGGCUUACAUGCAUUUCUCUCGGCCGAAUGCCUUGGUCCUGAAAAAGAACAACAG